GAAUUGACAACAUCCAACUUCACCUAUCUACUACUUACCUCCUACUACCAAAGUACCUACCUCCAUACGUAGCUAGUAUCCAGCUCUCCAAACCAUCAAUCCACCAUGACCGACCAAUCCACCCUCACAGCAGCCCAACAAUCCGUCCACAACACGCUCGCCAAAUACCCCGGCGAGAAAUACGUCGACGGCUGGGCCGAGAUCUGGAACGCGAACCCCAGUCCUCCCUGGGAUAAAGGCGCCCCGAACCCAGCAUUAGAAGAUACCUUGAUGCAGCGGCGAGGUACAAUUGGCAAUGCCCUCGCCACGGACGCAGAGGGGAACAGGUACCGGAAGAAAGCGCUAGUCCCGGGCUGCGGGAGAGGGGUGGAUGUGCUUCUGUUGGCGAGUUUCGGGUACGAUGCGUAUGGAUUAGAGUAUAGUGGUGCGGCGGUCCAGGCGUGUAGGCAGGAGGAGAAGGAGAGUACUACCAGUGCUAAGUAUCCCGUUAGGGAUGAGGAGGUUGGUAGGGGAAAGGUGAUUUUUGUGCAGGGGGAUUUCUUCAAGGAUGAUUGGUUGGAGGAGUUGGGGUUGGGGUUGAAUUGCUUUGAUUUAAUUUAUGAUUAUACGUUCUUUUGCGCCCUGAGCCCGUCCAUGCGACCUGACUGGGCGCUCCGGCAUACUCAACUAUUAGCUCCUUCGCCACAUGGGAACUUGAUCUGCUUGGAGUACCCAAGGCACAAGGACCCGUCGCUCCCGGGCCCUCCGUUUGGUCUCUCCUCGGAGGCUUACAUGGAGCAUCUCAGCCACCCGGGAGAGCAGGUCUCCUAUGAUGCCCAGGGCCGAUGCAGGGGAGACCCUCUCAGAGAGCCAAGUGAUCGAGGACUGGAACGAGUGGCUUAUUGGCAGCCUGCCCGGACGCAUGAGGUGGGCAAGGAUGCCAAUGGGGAGGUUCAAGAUCGGGUAUCGAUCUGGCGCCGCCGGUGAGGCCAUAUCCACGGUAGAUAAAGUAUCGCCGGGAUGGGAGUCACUGUCUUG